AUGUUUCCAACUAUUGGAACGACUCAGCGGAAGGGCAAGGCACUCUAUAAGGCUGUUCCCCAACAAAGUGACGAGAAUAGCCGUGCCCCCUUUCAACGAGCGCAAAGGCGCAGGCAGAUUUCCGUGCUGCUCCAUCUCUUGACUUUUAUAGUAGGGCUGGGACUCGGCUUGACGGCAACUGCUCCUUUUUUGGCUCUUUCGACGCCAGAACGCAAAGCGCAACAGCUGCCGUCGGUGAUCCCAGCCCAGGUCUUUACGCCUCCGAUUCCGACGGCGUGGGUUCCCGACAGUCGAUACAUCGGUUUCUCAAACUUUAGCAACAUCAUGUGGCACAGACUCAUCAAGACAACGGAAAGCGUCUGGAUCGCGAACCCGUCUGCCCAUGGCUUGGGACCGGGCUUCGAGGCACCAUUCAACCACACAUCCAAGUCGCAGCUGCCGCCUCAGUUUUAUCAUGUCUCCAACUUGCAUCAACUGCACUGCUUGAAUGUCAUCAGAGGCCGCUACUUUGAGCUGCAGCUCCAUCUCUCGACGCUGUCGAAGCAAUCGGAGAGGGCCGCGCAAGACACCGCCUACCACAUGGACCACUGCAUCGAGUACCUCCGCAUGACCAUCAUGUGCGGCGGAAACUGGGUCAUUGAGCCCAACAGUCCUCCGGGAACGCCGGACGAGUUGCGGCGGGAUCCGUUUGAUCAUCCCCUCGGCUGGGGAGGUAUUCGGCAAUGUGUCAACUGGGAUUCUUUGAUGGCGUGGCAGAAGCAGCAGCUAGACGCGUACGAGGGCACUUUUUGA